AUGUGGGAUCAGCUCAAGGCUGUGCACAUGAGCCGGGGGCUCGCCACUGAUAUCACGAGAUGGAGGGCACUCCUAAAUGCAGUGCGGGGCUUAGAGGCGAUAGGCGAAGAGGUGCCGAAGAAGCUGCGGGCCAUCAUAGCAGUCGUUGGACUCCACGAGGAGCUCAAUAUGGUCGAGACGAAGCUCGACGCAGUCGACCGGAAGCUAUGGACGAUGGAGCAGGUAGCGGCGCUGGCGCUCAACGAGGAAGCCCGAGUAGGCUGGGGGAAGACCAUGUCCGAAAUGGCGCUAGCCGUAGCCGGUGGGAAGAAGAAGAGAAAGGCACGUGCAUGCUUCCUCUGCAGGAGCACGGAUCAUCUGGCACUCGGAUGUUCAGCCCGCACGAAGUCCUAUAACGCCGGGGUCGCUAGCGACGAGGGAUUUGCCUGGUAA